AUGGCCGCCGUGUGGCAGGCCCUCAGACUGCUUUGUCCCGACCUUCGGGUCGUGAUGGAUCCUCUGUCGGUCAUCCUCAUGGCCUACGCCUUCCUGCCCCCCUGGUCUUGCGUUGUUGUCCCGGCUCUGGUCUACAUCCCGGUCAACUUUUGGCUCCGUGUCUUCCUCUCGCGCCGGCACAUUCUCAUCGGCCUCGCCUGCUGUGCUCUCUGCCUUGAGUACCGAGUGCUUACCGGAAUGUCGCCCCCCAUCAUUGGCGGCCUCGAGACGUUUGUUCGGGAUGCGUUCCUGGAUCCGUUCGACACUCUCGUUGCUCCGUUCGUGGAAUCCAUCGACGAUGGUCUUGUGGCUAUCGAAUUCUACGAACAUCUGGAGGAAGACAUGGAGGCCAUCGCAGACUUUCUCGCCUACCUGUUGCAAAGUUGCAUCGGUCCCGACAACUGGUUCCUGGCCCUCUUCCGCUUCAUCGGCCAAUUCUUCGCCUUUGUUGCCCGCUGUGAUGACAUGGCCUCCCAUCUCGCCGAAAAGAUUGUGGACGGUGGGUGCAAGCUCACCAGCUCCUACGCCUUCUGGCUUGUGGCUGGGCCUCGCAAGAAGAAGGAGGCCAUCCUCGCUGUCCAGCGCCGCGCCAACGAAUCGCUGAUCGACUUGAUCGAGCAGCAGCAACAGGUAAUGGUCUCGACGGACUUUCGAGUCAACGCUCUUUCCGACAGAGCCGCGACCGUUCUCAAUACCAUCUGGUUCAAUGUCUUCCGCCCUGGCGCAAGACAGCUUCUUCGCUACGCCGAGUUUGACUGUCUCCCUGUCAGUAUGCUCGCGCGUGAACCUUUUGCUAUCGAAAACGUCACGUUCCAACUCCGGCGUCUCCUCGCUCAGCAACUUGGGCCUUCCAUUCCCAAACCGCUUGACUUCGUGACCUUUGACCCAUCGGCUACCUUUGUUGCCUUGCAGACGAUCCUAGAUCGGACGCAUCGCGACUUGGCGUAUUUGGUGCAAGAAGAGUCCGACCUGAGUGCCGAGUUGGACCGUCUCGAACAAUUGUCUCGACAGGUUCUCACCGCUGCAGACGAAGGCCAACCUUAUGGUCUCCGUGGGUGCAUUACCUGGACGUACCAGCACUACCUCCGGGCCGCUCGCUCAUACGACGAUUACCGUCGUACGAAAGAGCAUUACCCGGAUGUUUGCCGGACGUCGGCAGCCUCUGUCGACUUGGUCCUGAAGAGCGCGCAGCGUACACAAUUGGCCACGACGGGCCUCCCCAAUGGGUUUGCCAAGCAUCGCCUAUUGACCUCGCAAGGCUACGAUCGUUCCGAGCUCUCUGGUAAGGAAAACAUCCCCGUCUCGGCUGAGGAUUGGUGCAACGACAACGGCCUUGUCGAGUUGUCCGCAGACCGACCGAACCCAGUCUUGGAGCCUGUUGUUGCCCUCGAUGGCAGCGCUGGCGUCCCCUCCGACAGCGAAGAUCGCGCGAGCGACCAGGACGGCAAGACUGGCGCUACGGCGUCUGCCCAAGCAGCCCCGGCAACCUCCAUCGAGAACCCGAUCGAGAUGGAGGAGGUGCCAAGCUCGGAAUAUACCGACUUGGACCUUGUGCAUCCGCCCCCACUCCCGCUCCCCCCGUCGCUCCUCGAGUCGCUUGAUGCGCUCCCUGUCUCUCUUCCUCCCCUGCCGCCUUCUCCCUCGUCGUCGACCCAGUCUUCGUCGUCUGAGCUGGCCGUCAAAGAGCAGACCCACGGCGCUCGGGUUGACCAGAAAGCUCUCAUGGCACCACCAGAGAAGCCAACCGACACCACUCCGGUCCCUGACCCUGUGGCGAAGGCGGCAACUCCGUGCCAUCAUCUUUUUGAGUGGGCGGCACCGCAGCCCUACGAAGAUGGCAAGUGGCCCAAGCGUUUCCUCGCGGGUCGUCCUGAAGGCGGUUUGCGGCAACGUGAAUCGUCCUAUCGCCGGCUCGCCUCGAAGAACAGCCGCAGGGUCGUCAAGACCCCGGCCUCUGUCUAUCGUCCUAUCAAGGUCGACACAGCUUCGAAUGCUGAGCCGCUUGUCUCUCUGCCUGCCCCCGAUGCCAUUGCCGGGCAUCCUGUUAGUACUGGCUUGCCAAACCCCUCGGUUUCUUCUGUCUCCCCCGCCAACGUGUGUCUCCCGCCUUCUCCCGACAUCAUCGCCACUCCUGACGCUGGCGACUGCCAGCCGGAGUUCAUGGACAUCGAGUCCCAUCCAGAGCCACACGAGACAGUUGACCAACUUGACCUGCCGAUGGUCACCCCGGCCGUUGAGUUGCCAGAUAUCCCAUUGUCCCAGCCGGCCCCAUUCCUCUUUGGCGCAGAAGCCCUCGUCAACAGCAACCCUGCCGAAUUCGAUUUUGACAUGGGCGACAUUGACGUUGGAUUGAUGCCCCCGGAAUUGCCGUUGCUGCCUGAUAUUCCCGAUGCCGAUCUUGACGCAUUGGUUGAGCAGAUCAACAAUGGGAACUGGACCGAGUUUGAGCAGGCCAAUGCCGCAACUUGGAGCGCUCUGCUUGCUGACCCCUUUAUCGACGCUUCUUUCGGUGCCGACAUGGUGGCUCAGUUGGACCUCGCAUUUCCAGAGCCAGAAAUGGCGACGGAUCUAGCGCCCCAGCCAGUGUGGGAGCAGGAGACACCCGCCUUUGACGUCAACUUGCCGCUUUUUGAGCCGCAACUUGCCCAGGCGCCUCUUCCUUUCGAGGCGGACCACCCUUUUGCCAUGAUGCUUGCAGAAUGGCACCAGGAGAAUGGCACUGUUAACUUUGACGUUGCAGACGCCAGUGGUCUGGCCCCAGCACCGGGUGUCCCAGUGGUUCAGGCACCAGCGGAUAUGGCAAAUCCGCUUUCUGCCCCAGCAGCCACCGAGCAGAUUCCGCUUCCAAGUGCGGAGGAGGACCCAUGGCUUCCAGUUGCCGGGGAGUCGACAUCGUCCGCGAGAGAGGUGGUCACACCUCUAUCGCCGGGCCCCAUGCUGCACGACCCGUAUCUGGAGGCCAUGUGGACGACCUCAUUCCCCAUCGAUCCCUUGAUCGACACCGCUCCUGCGGUGCUGCCUACAGUGACAGGUGGACUAUCACCUGCCGUCGACAAUGUGGAGGGACGUUAUCCCGCGUCCACGUCCAAGCCGAAACCCGAGCCACUCCCAAAAUCGCUUCCUGCCGGUGACGAGGCGCAGUCUGGCGCAAGCCAGCCCCCGACCACCGCCGCGAGUUGCCUCGACCAAGCAAAGGAGGUUCCCAAGGCAGUACCUGCAAAGGUAGAUGCUGACUCCUCUGCACGUCCGUCUCGCAAGCAGAACAGCAAGAGUAAGGGCAAGGUGAAGGACAAGGACACACCAGCCGCCAAAGCCGAGGUGAGCCAACCUGAGAAGUCCAGUGCCAUCGCUGGCCGGAUCAUCAAAAAGGCCUGCCCCAAAUGGAGGCGCGCAGCAGGGCCUUUGAACCCAUCUCCGGUUGCUGGUGAGGGAUCUAGCGGAGGGACGAGUAAGCCCGUUUCGGCGGUUCCUGCUCCGACACCGACGUCCCACGAUGGGAAGGCUGGCGCUCCGAAUAGCGAGAGCCCAGCAUCAUCUGCCAACGAUGGCAACGACGAGCCGCUGGUCGAGGAUGACAACUUGGAGCAGCCGCUGUUUGCACCCAUUCCCUUGGACAUUGCAAACGCGGCCCUGGCGGCGGCAUCUGCGAUUCCGAACUUUGCCCAGCAUAAUCGGAUUUGCGACGACCGUUUGGUCUUGAUGCUCAUCGACCCCACUGUCCAGGAGUACCUGGAUAAGCUGGACAAAGUCGUUGACGUCGGCUCUUUCCAGCUGGAACUCGAAGAUGGCGUUGAUGAGAGCUUACCCGAACAGUGGAGCGGUGCUGCAAGGGACGAGAUGGCUUUCAUCCUCGACCCCAAAUGGGAGUCUUUUGACACCGAUUGGGACUCUUCGGGUUCCAUUCUGAAAGAGCUCGCCACAGCUUGGCUAGAUGCCGUGACAGCAUGGCCCGAGAUCAGUCGCUUCAACCCAGAGGCUCUUCGGAGCAGUCUGUUGGCGGCGCUGGUUGACGAAGGCCUGCUGUUAUGA